UGAUUUCCAACGAUUUCCAGGGAUUUCUGCUUGCGAUUUCCAAUUGAUUUCCACGUGAUUUCGGGAAUUAAAAUCCGUGAUUUCCUUCUUUGGCAGCCGAUUUCUGUUGAUUGCAUGUGAUAAACAAUGCAAUUCGGUAACAAGGGACAAUUGGCCUUCAAAUUGUGAUACUGUUUCCGUGAUUGCCAACAAUUUCCAGGGAUUUUUGCUUGCGAUUUCCAUAGUGACGAGGAAUAUUGCAAAACUGUGCAAAACCACGAUCAAGACUAGGAUUUGAUCGCCAAGUAGUGACGAGUAAAUGCAAGACUUUAAUGCCAGUGAUGAGUAAAUGCAAGUCCAGCACCAGUUCCAUGGUAGGGAUGAGCAAAUGCAAGACUGUAAUGCCAGUGAUGAGUAAAUGCAAGUCCAGCACCAGUUCCAUGGUAGGGAUGAGCAAAUGCAAGACUGUAAUGCCAGUGAUGAGUAAAUUCAAGUCCAGCACCACUUCCAUGAGAGUGGAUGCCAUGAGGGGGGAGUGCGGAUUGUGUGGUCUCUAUCCCGGCUGGCUGCGCUCCAGGGCGAACCCGAGGAACUUCAUCGCAGUUUAUGGACUCCUGGGGACUGUCCAGGCCAUGGCCUUCAUCUACAUCGUGGUCACCCUCACCACCUUGGAGAAGAGGUUCAAGAUCCCCAGCCGGACCACUGGAUUCACGUUUGCCCUGAGAACGGUAGGUCCUGCCAUUGGGUUCCUGCUGGGAUAUGGCUGUCUCAGUCUCUACAUUGAUCCCAGUUUACAUCCAGUCAUCACUAAGAAGGACCCCCGCUGGCUUGGGGCCUGGUGGCUGGGCUGGAUCAUCCUUGGGGUCACCAUGAGCAUGUUCGCGGUCCUGAUUGCCAUGUUUCCUCGUCACCUGCCGAAGUCAGGAACUCGUCAGGAAAUUUCGAAGGACAGUGGCGAAUUGCCCCUGAAAUCGGACAUGCAGUUGGAAGAGAAGUCCGAGGAGAAGUCGAUAAGUCAGGUUAUUUCCGAAGUCGCCCCUGAAGAGAUCCACGUCCCCACCAUGAAAGAUUUCCCGAGAGCCAUGAAGAGACUCCUGACCAAUUGGCUGCUGACCUGCAAUAACUUAAGUGCGGUCUUUUACGUUCUGGGUGCCUCGGCGUACAUCACGUUCUUAGCGAAGUACCUUGAAGUACAGUACAGUACGUCUGCCGCCGGUGGCACAGUAAUUGCAGGGCCGAUAUCUCUGGUGGGAAUGGUUCUGGGUUUCCUAUUAUCUGGGGCGGUGAUAAGCAAAUUUAAGCCUGGUCCAAGGCCGCUUCUAGCUUGGAACGUCUUGGUCGGCUUCUGUUUCGUUGCUGGUCAGAUCUUUUUCAUAUUUCUGGGAUGCGCAGAUCCUGGAAUCAGCGGACUCAAUCUGGAAACCGAGCAACUGAACCUGACAGCAGCUUGCAACGUGAAUUGUGGCUGCGAGGGCAUCAAGUAUGCUCCAGUUUGCCAUGAACCAUCAGGAACGACAUACUACUCGGCUUGCCAUGCCGGAUGCAUGACCAUUUUGGACGACAAGCAAUUUGGAAACUGCAGCUGCGUUCGGCCACUAAUGGCCGAAGUUGGUUUUGGAUUCGGAGGUCGUUUCGAACUCCCAGGAUCUGGGGAUCCCAGCCAUUCGUGGCCUGCCAAUGAACGCGUUUAUUUACUGCCAGAAAGUAGUCCUCAGGACCCAGUCAUGGACAAAGUCAGUGCUGGACCUUGUCCAUCAGAUUGCCGGACACCAUACAUCCUCUUCACGGUGCUGACCUGCAUCGUUCAGACAUUGGCAUGCUCAGGGAAGAUCGGAAACGUCUUGAUCAACUACAGAAGUGUCGAUAAGAAGGAUAAGAGCUUCGCUCAAGGGGUUACCUUGAUGACCAUUUCCCUGUUUGCUCUGAUACCAGGUCCCAUUAUCUAUGGGGCCAUCAUCGACUCUACUUGUCUGAUCUGGGAAGAGUCCUGUGGUACCAGGGGGAACUGCUGGUUCUAUCACCGGGAUAACUUCCGCUUUUUGGUGAAUGUUUCGGCGGCAGGGUUCUCCUUUCUGGGCGUUCUUUUCGACAUUGUUGUAUGCUACUUGGGCAAGGAUUUGGAUCUCUACGGCGCAUUAGAGGACGAUGGACGCAGACGGCUUGUGAAGGAAGAUCUGCCGACGAUUCUUGACACUAAUCAAAGGCUGGAAGUGAACGGAAGUGCGAAUCCAAGUCAGAGGAUAGAAAGGAACCGCGAAGGGGAUGCCCAAUCAGCUCAGUAACAAUGAAUUUUGAAAAUCUAUAACGCAGGUUGUUAGGGAUUACUUUUGCGUCCUUUCGAAUUAAGCCGCGGGAGAACGCGUAGAAGAUGCAUCUUUUGUAAAUAAAAGUUUUAACGUUUUUAAGGAACAAA